AUGACAGAAGCUUCCUCCCCCUCGGCCUCCCUGGCUGCGUUACCCCCCUCGCAGGAGCCCGGCCUCUCGUCGCCGCAGUCAGGCCCCGUCCGAUCGUCCUCAGAAAACGUUCCCAGCGACGUGGCCGCCCCCAACAAUGACCCGGCCAGAGAGCGCAUUGAAACGAUAUUGCAGUCCGAGAUUGGCGUCAACACCCUCUUGAACCGCCUUAAACAAAGCAUUGCCUCGGCGCGGGACUAUUCCACCUUUCUCAAAAAGAGAUCCGCAUUGGAAGAGGAGCACGCCCACGGGCUGAAGAAAAUCGCCAAAGCUGCCCAGGAAGCCGCCCACCGACUAGACUCUCGCUUGGGCUCGUUCGGCCACUCGCAGGAUGAAAUCUGGAGGAUACACGAGCAAAUGGCCGACCAUGGCCUGCAGCUGGCCGUCUCGCUCUACCAAAUGUCUACCGACCUGACCGAAUUGGCCGAGAACAUUGAACGCGGCCGCAAGCAGUGGAAGGCGACCGGUCUCGCCGCAGAGAAGAGAGUGCAGGACGCCGAGUCCUUGGUCGAGAAGGCCAAGGCGAAAUACGACACCCUGGCUGAACAGUAUGAUCGCGUCAAGACUGGCGACAAGCAGGGAGGAAAAUUUGGAUUGAAGGGCCACAAGUCGGCCGUGCAGCAGGAAGAAGAACUGAGUCGCAAGGUCCAGGCUGCCGACUCUGAUUACCAGUCCAAGGUUCAAGCAGCCAAGGCGGCGCGUAAGGAACUGGUUUCUACUAGUCGACCGCAAACAGUGUCCCAGCUGCGACAGUUGAUUUUCGAGUGUGAUUCCGGUCUCACUCUUCAAUUGCAGAAAUACGCUUCAUUCAAUGAAAAGUAUCUGCUCGGAAAAGGCCUCUGUGUCAGCCCAUUGAAAGGCGAAACCGGCAGAGGCCCCAAGAGCCUUCGAGAAGUCAUUCACGAUAUCGACAGCGAAGGAGAUUUCAACAGACACAUUCUCACCUUUGAGGGCAACUCGGGCUCAGUCGCUGCGGCAGAAGUGCAGUAUGUCCGGCAUCCUACCCUUGCAGGAUCAGCUUCUGCGCCCCCGCCAGCCGCACCAACGUCUACAUCUAACCAGAGCACUUCAAAUGUACGCCAGCCUUCGCCAAUGUCGAUUCCUCCAUCUUCGCAACCAACUCUGCCACCUUUGACCUCUCCGCAGUCAGCAUCGUCAGGCGGACCAGGCGCAUUGCCACCCAUCUCGAGCCCAGACAGCUUCAGUACUGCCUCUCAAUACCAAGCAUUCCCGGCCCCUGGAUCAUCGCGUCCGCCGCAGUCUGGUCCUCCGGGCCCUCCAUAUCCCGCUGGUCCAGGCGGUGGAUAUCAACCCACACAGUCGACUGCGCCAAUGAUGCACCCGCCUAAUGGCUACCAGAAUAAUCUGCCUCCAGUCAACCCAGUAUUUGGAAUCUCUCUGGAAGACCUUUUCCGGAGAGAUGGUACCGCUGUGCCCGUGAUUGUCUACCAGUGUAUUCAGGCUAUCGAGAUGUUUGGACUUGACAUGGAAGGCAUUUACCGACAAUCCGGCAGCGCCAACCAUAUCAACCAUAUGAAGUCGCUAUUCGAUAAUGAUUCGUCUAAAGUUGACUUUACGAACCCCGAGAGCUUUUUCCACGACGUGAAUAGCGUUGCGGGUCUGUUGAAGCAGUUUUUCCGUGAACUGCCAGAUCCCCUGUUUACGCGACAGCACUAUACCGAUUUUAUCAACGCUGCUAGGGUGGACAACGAGGGACAACGCCGUGAUAGCCUGCACGCCAUCAUUAAUGGUCUGCCUGAUCCCAAUUACGCGACGCUGCGCGCUUUAGUAUUGCAUCUCAACCGGGUCCAGGAGCACUCGACCAGCAACCGCAUGAGCGCCGGCAACAUUGCAAUUUGCUUUGGACCAACUCUGAUGGGUGCCUCGGGAGCCAACCUAGUAGACUCGGGUUGGCAGAACCGGGUCAUCGAGACUGUUUUGCUUAAUACGUUCCAGAUCUUUGACGACGAUUGA